CCUCAAACCAAGCCUGUUACCAGAGCGGAAUUAAAACAACAAAACCAACUCGUCACUGAAGAGAGUUCAGACGGGGGGAUGAAUCGGGAGAAGAAAGACUAUAAAGCAACUCAGAAGGAAUCAGUGGGCUGCCUUGGGGAGGGAGUUCGUGUGGGCUUGAGUUUUCUGCGACCGGAGACAUGGCACUUCUCGGGCGAUACACCCAUGCAAUCGUCAGGGCCGUCCCGACCGCCACGCUCCAGCGGGAGAGGGACGAGGUGAAGGAGUCUGACGAGGCGGUCUCGGAGUUGAACGUGGCCAAACUGCAGCGGCAGCUGGGGGUCUACACCGGGAUCCUGAGGCAGAAGCUGGGCUUGCAAGUGGUGGAGCUGCCGGCGCUGGAGGUGCCCGGCUUGCCUCUCAGUCUCCGUGUGGAGGAUAUCGCCGUGGUCCAGGGCGAUACGGCGCUGCUCGCACGACCCUGGGACCCCAUCCGGAGGAAAGAGGUGGAAACUGUGAAGACCAUCUUGCAGGAGUUGAAGUUGCGUGUGCUGGAAGUGACUGACGAGGAAGCAACCCUUGACGGCAGUGAUGUCUUAUUCACAGGACGUGAAUUCUUUGUUGGGAUCUCAAAAUGGACCAAUCAUAAAGGAGCUGAAUUUGUUGCAGAUGCUUUCAAGGACUUCACGGUUUCUGUGGUGCACAUCCCCGAGCCCCAUCACCUGAAGAGCUUCUGCAGUAUGGGAGGUCCCAGCACCAUUGUUGUUGGGAGCAGUGACAUUGCUCGAAAGACAAUCAAGGCAAUGGAGCAGCUGACAGACUUCACCUAUGAGAAGCUGAGCGUGUCGGACGACGCCGCGGCCAACUGCAUCUACAUGCGAGUCGGUAACAAGAACGAUACCCUGGUGCAUCGGUCGGCUGAGGAAUUUCCAGAAAGCUCUGCAGCUUUUCAGAAGCUCCCUGAGUACACGCUCAUACCAGCCUCCUGUACAGAGGUAGCGAAGCUCGGGGCAGCCCUGAGUUUUUGCUGCAUUCUAAUCAAUAAGAAAUAUUAAGGACCAGGACCCAGUUAAGGCCUCAGCCUUGGCUCCACUGUGGAAUAGAAUAGAAUUGGCUCUGAAUGAUUGGAUGUAUUGGAAUGCUUGGAUCAGGAAUCUGUGUUGCUCCUCCCCGUCAAAUCCCUGUGUGUAAACCUUGUGUGUAAUCGGGGGCCCAGCCCAUAGCCAACUGUGAGCAGAGCUGCAUUGUGCGGGAGAGACUGGAGACGGCAGUACAGUGGCGCCUAGCGUUCAUGUCCAUUAUUGCAGCUUUUGCUCUGGGAAUUGUUAUUAAGGGAUUUUCAGAAAACGUGGAUCCUUUUAGCUUUCUGGAACGCGUUCACUUUUCUAUUUGGGGAAAUUUUUUAAAUAUCAAAGUGCUUGAAGCUUGAUCCUGUAUAUCAUACUUCACAAUAGUUGUGGCUUCCCACUUCCUGCCACAACGGAUUCUAGUCAUCUGGAGGGAAACGUUCUCGGAAUUCCACUAUUUGAUUCCUUUUCCCAGUCUGUGGCAAGUUGGGCAUGAUAGCAUGGAAUGCAGAGAGGCAGGAAUGCAUGAUAUUCCCGGAAAUUCAUUGCUUUAAUGUAGAAAGAACGGUCUUGCAAACAUACUGAUACUAGUGAAGCAAAAAGCUCAUCUUUUAAUAACUGUUCACCUUGCUGCAUUUCGUAUUUGGGGUCAAAUAAUGGAAUGAAAAGGUCGUGUUGCGUCCGCUUGCAACUUUUGGAAAUUGAUACCAUUUCCUCCCCGAAGGUUUUCCUGUCCCCUCUUGUUAUUUCCUGAAGGCGACGUUCUUUGUUUUCAAACUAGUCUCCGUUUUCAUUUUGUUUUUGAAGGAAGGUCCAUUUCAAGCUGUUCCUGUGCCAAACAGCGCAGUGAGGUGGGAUCCCUACCACCUCUGAUCUAAUUCACAGAAGUCCUUUCGGGGGCCAACCAGUCGAGGGUUAUGUACCCAAAUUAAUGCAACAAGGCUUGUAUUCCCACCCCACCAAGUGCUGCCCAGAUGGCAGCAACAGUUUCGUUGACCACCCUCGCCCCAACUCCAGAUUAACAUUUGCAGCAACUGAUGUUGGAAAGGCGGGAACUGCUUGUUCCGGGUGUGGCCAGCGGGUGCCACUGGUUCCCCCUCAGUCUCCUCUUCCCACAUUAGACAUCAGUUAAAGCUAGAGCUUCAGAAGUACAGAUUCUCCUCCGUUGCUAAUACAAACGUUCAUAACGGAGGAAUGUUAAUAGCCCAUUAUAAUUGAGCGUGACUGGUUGUCGUAUUUGGCAGCUUAAUACAAUUAAGUAGCUCUUUGGUUUAGCAUUUCUGCAGAGGAUGACCAACUUUAUUCAGUGCAGGGAUAAAACUGUUUAUGCAAACGUGUGCAGUGUUGGUCGGGCGCUUGACUUUGUUCUGACUUUGUGUGGCUGUGUUCACGUGACCCCUCUGCCAGCGAGUAUCAACCGGACGUUGGAAGAAGAGCCCCAUUCUUUCAUUAACACCGCUUGAUGGACUAAAGUGGAAAUAUCUGGCUCGCCUGUGGGUCUUUCGUUACUCAGUGAUCCAAACCCGGGAUGACCACUUGAAGUUGAAAUUGCCUCGCAUUCGAGCUGUGAGACAACUGGAUUGAAGGACUGAGUGCUCUCCCCAGUUCUGGAUUGUCAUUCUGCCAAACCUGUGUGCAUGCGUAAAACCAGUCUUCGCAGAUACUCCUGUCGACACUGCAGCCUGAUCAUCCAGUAUAUCACCUCAACCUUUCCUGAAGUGAGACCACGUCGGGAAAGAGCCAGUCACUUGGUGCUUUGUCCGUUUUUUUUUGUAUUGUCUCUCCCCUUUUGUAAGCAACUCUUCAAAGAAAAA